AUGGUGAAAUUUUCAGUAGGAGACAAAGUAUUCGCCAAAGUUCGCGGGUAUCCUGCUUGGCCGGCUAGAGUUGAAGCUGUUGCUGAUGCAACGCCAAACAAAGUGAAAUAUCAUGUGUUCUUUUAUGGCACUUUAGAAACUGCUGUAUGCAAAAGCGAAGAUAUUUAUCCAUAUGCCGAAAACAAAGAGAAUUACGGAAAGCCGUCGAAACGAAGGCUUUUUAACGAAGGUCUAGCCCAAAUAGAAGGCCGAGCUCCUGUUCCUGCACUUCCUCGCAGGAACAAUGCUCAAAAUGAAGGAGAUGACGAGGAAGAAGAAGAGGGAACGUUGGUUAUUGACGAAAACCCUUCAGCCAAGUACGGUAAGCCAAUUAAGAGGAAGCGCGACAGUGAUGCCACAGGUGACCAUGGCGAUGAAAAGUUGAAUGUAAGCUUGCCUUCAACUUCAACAAGUGACGUUAAAAACAGACGUGGAUCCCUUCCUGCUCAAAAACGCUUAAAGAAAGAUAGCACUUCCUCAAGCGGAGAUGCGAAAGGUAACGACCAAUCCCCAACAUCCAAACAAGAAAUCGUAAGUCGCUCAGGCCGUAAAAUCAAACCAAAGCGAUUUGCAGAUGAGGAGGCUUUUAACAGUGCCUCAGUUUCAGCACUUCCAGAAAACGCUAAAGAAGGUUCUGUAACUGGAGCAACAAACUUUCCUCUGAAAGGAGUAAAUAAAAAGGAUGCAGCAGCCAACUUGUUGAUCAGGGUGAAGGAGCGGAGGAAAAAACAACUAGAAUUUUGGAAGAAAGAAUUAGAAAUGCUGAAACAGGAGGAACGUUUGAAGAUUGAAUUCAAUAUUAAAAAACCAAAUCCAGAGCAAGGUCUGACAAUUUUAAAUGAAUUUCAUCAUAUUGGUAUUGAACCUCUGAUGUUGAAGAAGCAUCCUCAUGUCUUGGAAACCAUAAAAAAGCUUUGCAAAUAUGUUGGCAAUCCCGUGGGAUGGAAGUACUCCAAAGAGCAAAAGAAGUCAUUUGCAGCUAUUUGUGAAAAAGUUAAACAAAAGGCAAAGGUUAUAAUUGAUGAAUUUGCAGUAAUGUUUAAUGUAACUGAUAUAAGUACCUUUCACGAUGUUUUCUUAGAAAGUGUUGCGGAAUUGAAGAACAAAACAAACAAAUGGGAUCAGAAUAAAUUUCUAGCAAUGGUAGAAGAUCCUACUGCUAAGCAGGUUGAAAAUAAAAAAACUGACGUUAAGAAGACAGAUGCGGAAUCGCGUUUCAGUAGCGAUGCCGAAAAUGGUUUACAAGAAGAAGAAUGA